AUGAAGGCAGGUCGACUAGAGAAUGCUGUUGGUUGGUACCAUUCCCAUCCUGGUUAUGGAUGUUGGCUUUCUGGCAUUGAUGUUUCAACACAAAUGCUUAACCAGCAAUAUCAGGAGCCCUUCCUGGCAGUUGUUAUUGAUCCAACAAGGACUGUUUCAGCUGGUAAAGUUGAGAUUGGUGCUUUCAGGACAUACCCAGAAGGAUACAAACCUCCAGACGAGCCCGUCUCUGAGUAUCAGACAAUUCCCUUGAACAAAAUUGAAGACUUUGGUGUGCAUUGUAAGCAGUAUUAUGCAUUGGAUAUUACAUAUUUCAAGUCAUCUCUUGAUUGUGAACUCUUGGAUCUGCUGUGGAAUAAAUAUUGGGUGAACACCCUUUCUUCUUCUCCUUUGCUUGGUAAUGGAGACUAUGUUGCUGGUCAAAUCUCAGAUUUAGCUGAAAAACUGGAGCAUGCUGAAAAUCAAUUGUCUCAUUCGCGCUUUGUACCCUCGAUAGCACCUGCUCAAAAGAAGAAAGAGGAAGAAUCUCAACUUGCCAAGAUUACUCGUGAUAGUGCAAAGAUAACUGUUGAGCAGGUUCAUGGUUUGAUGUCACAGGUUAUAAAGAAUAUACUUUUCAACACAGUUCGUCAGUGCAACAGAUCUCGGGAAGAGUCAUCUGGUCCCGAACCAAUGAUUGAAACCUAA